GUAUUCACGGCAUGCUGUUACUCAGACAUUGUAAAGCUGCAAAGCAUGUAGGGAUAGCACCAGAAAACACGUGCACGGUAUGGUGGAUUUUUCUCUGGCGGAUAGAUAUCGGCGAGCGAGCAUCUCCCGUGCGUAGCCUCACAGCACUAUCUUUGUUCGAUCGAAAUCCCGUAUCUUAAGACACAUGUUACAGGCAUUUGCUUUGUGAAGUGUGUGUUCUUCGCGAUGAGAACUUCUUGAAAGCUGAGAUAAAUGGUGUCAGCAUAUGAUCGACUGUAUGAGAAGGAAACAGACCUCCCACCUGAGUACAUACGUCAAUGUUAUAGUCGUCAAGUCCGGCAUUAGCAAGUAAAGGAUGAUUCUCUAAUUUUCUGCCUCUACACAUUGCAAAUUGACUGUGAUAAUCACGUCGUUGUGUUCAUCUAAUACGUUGAAUACCCAUCGUCUUGUUCCGACCUACUGCAUCAACAGGGAUCCCGGUGGCACCUUGUGUAUCAAGUUCAAACACAAGGUUCUACUUUCUACCAAGUAUAUUUGUUAGUUAUAUGGACACGUGGUAACACCCUGCAGAAGAUCUGUAAUUAAUAAAUAAUCCGUUUUCAUAAUUAAACAUUUAUGACAUGUAUGGUGUAUUGAGGAGUAUAAAUAGAUGCGAGUAGGAUUACAGGUGUACAAGCAAACAAGUUAUCUAGCCGUGCGAUUUGCAACACACGAGGAUCUUUUGAAGGUUGGCGGAACUUUAACAGUCGUGGGUUACCUGUGUUAGGUUCAGCAUGGAUGUAAUGAACGUAACCGUUGAUUAUCUGACUGGAAAUAUGACAGGUAAUGACACGGAUGAUAAUAAAACUACCUGCUGGAAUGAAUACUGCCUGAAUGAAGAAGACUAUCUAGACGCAAUCAAAGAACAUUUGUUCCCAAGAGCUUAUGAAUGGCCUAUCAUCAUUGUGUUCAUAUUGACGUUCAUAUUGGGACUUGUUGGCAACUUCUUGGUGGUGUACGCAGUAUGGAAGAAUCACAGCAUGAGGACGGUGACCAAUGUGUUUAUAGUGAAUUUGGCUCUAGGGGACUUCAUGGUCAUUCUUGUGUGUUUACCUUCGACCUUGGUAUCAGAUGUGUUACAGACCUGGUUCCUCGGAUCAACGAUUUGUAAAAUACUGAUAUUUUUACAGAACGUGUCAGUAUCGGUGUCUGUCCUGACUCUGAGCGCCAUCUCUGUGGAGCGAUGGUACGCAAUCUGCCAUCCCCUUGCGUUCAAAAGCACCCUCUCCCGGGCACGCAACAUCAUCAUCGUCAUCUGGGUCGUCGCUGCAGGCGUGGCCCUCCCCGAAAUGAUCGUUGUUACGACUAACCCCUAUAACUAUCCUGGAGACUUCCAGACUAUUUACCUGACCACGUGUGCCCCAGCCUGGUUGGAAUGGAAGCAGAUCAUUUACCAGAUCAGUCUUGUAAUUGUCAUGUACGUAUGUCCGCUAGUGUUGAUGGGACUAACGUAUACCAACAUAGCAGUGGUACUCUGGCGCAAUGACAUCCCUGGACAGGCGGAGAUGGGGCAGUACUCAAAAGGCAAGAAACCGAUGAUUGAAGGGAAAGGGAAGAGCCAGGAGGACAAGAUCCAGUCUCGGAGAAAGGCGGCCAAGAUGCUAAUCACAAUAGUCAUCGUGUUUUCCAUCUGCUACCUGCCUGUACACAUCUUAAACAUUCUAAGGUAUUUCAAAAUUUUGUUAUCCACCAACAAUGAUGUAGCGGCAGUCCAGAGCCAGCUGUCGCAUUGGUUGCCAUACUUCAACAGUGCUCUAAACCCUGUUAUCUACAAUUUCAUGAGCGCAAAAUUUCGCAAGGAGUUCAAGCUGGCUUGCUACUGCUGCCUGAGACCUUGGUAUAAAACCAACCCACGUCGACGUGACGGGACGUUCACUAUGACGUUCUCUAACAGCAACUACAGCAACUGCCACACUGAAGAAGUCACACUCACAAGCUUUAAAGACUGAAUACUUCUGCGCUGAAUGGCUUGAAACUCCGAAUGUAAACCAGUGACACAAAGACCUUAUCAGAUUUUUAAAUAACGGGAUUUCAGACAUCUUGCUAGUUGAAUGAUAUAACUUAUUUUGUUUGGGAUGUCGUGAAACUAAGGUGACUUUUGUAUUUUAGUCGAUUCCGCGUAAUAGGAUCGUUAAUUGCACAUGGCAUAGACGCAAGAGCCGUAUCACUUGUAUUGUCAGGGCGCAAUUAGACACGUCACUGUUCAUUACUACAUUCAUGAACUGGUAAAGACCAGAGGCCAGAAGCAACAUUGAAAGUGACGAAGUAUCCUCAGAGGCCUGGUCAGUAACGUGUGUAGUCUUGGGGUUUCAACUUCAUUGGACAGACUUUAUUCACGCUUGAUCCCAUUGAUUGUAUUGAUGAAGCAUCACAUAUCUUGCCGUUAAGAGGUCAGAAAUUUAUGUUGAGGGGUUGAGUAAAACGUCAGUGAACGAUAGUUUAAUCACUGACUUUCGGUUGCGUUAAUGGAGAAUAGUCGUUUAAAACUGACUAUAUUCUUACUACGUAAUGUAUCAAAUCACACACAUAAAGUUGUAAAUUAAUGUUUCAACCAAUUUUAUAUUCCCAGCAAAUGGAAACAGCCUGAAAGGUUUUGGAAAAGUCCAUUUCCUCUCUGUGUGUGUGUGUGUGUGUGUGUGUGUGUGUGUGUGUGUGUGUGUGUGUGUGUGUGUGUAUGUGCGUGCGUGUGUGCGCGUGUGCGUGUGUGUGAUCAACGAAUGUAGGAAUAUGUAAGUGGUUGGUUGGUUGGUAUGUUGUUUAACGCCGCACUCAGCAAUAUUCCAGCUAUAUGACGGCGGUCUGUAAAUAAUCGAGUCUGGACCAGACAAUCCAGUGAUAAAUAUCAUGAGCAUCGAU